AUGAUUCAUAUUCUCAGAAUAAUAUCACGUAACGAGAUUAUUGUGGUGUCUAAAGGUGUCCCGCCUUUGGCUGUUGGGUUGACAAUGGAUGAUACAUCAAUUGAUAAUAAUUGGGCGAUAUUAAAAAAUUCUAUUCAAAAAAUUCUAAAGAAAAACCAUUCUGGUCUAAGUUUUGAAGUACUGUACCGAAAUGCUUAUAUGAUGGUAUUGUUAAGAGAUGGUGAGACAUUGUAUUAUGGCUUAAUGGAAGUUAUAAUAGAUCAUUUAAAAAAUAAGGUUAGAGAAGACGUUCUAAAGGCAUUAAAUCAAAAUUUUUUACAAGUUUUAAAUGUUGUUUGGAAUGACUAUCAAAUUGCUAUGGCAAUAAUAUGUGAUAUAUUGAAGUACUUGGACAGAUGUUAUGUUAAGAAUAAUGGAGUUGAUAAUGUUUAUAAUGUGGGGCUCACUUUAUUUCGCGAUCUAAUUGUUCGAUAUGAGUAUAUUCGUGAUCAUCUUCGAACGACUCUGUUGAAUUUGAUAGAACUUGAAAGGAAAGGUGAAGUAAUUGAUGGAAUAGCCAUUAAAAAUGCAUGUAAAAUGUUAAUGGAUCUUGGAAUUACUGGAACUAUGGUUUAUGAAGAAGAUUUUGAAAACCCAUUUUUGGAACAAUCUGCUGAAUUUUAUAAAAUAGAAAGUCAAAAGUUUUUAGAGGAAAACAAUGCAUGCAUUUAUAUUAAAAAAGUUGAAUCUAAAAUUAUAGAAGAAUCAGAACGUGCAAAAAAAUACCUUGGUGAUUCAACUGAGAAUCGAAUUGUUGAAGUUGUUGCAAAUGAACUAAUUAAAAGGAAUAUGAAAACCAUUAUUGAAAUGGAAAAUUCUGGUGUUGUAUACAUGUUGAAGAACAACAAAAUUGAUGAUUUAGCAUGCAUGUACAAACUAUUAUCACAAGUUUCUGGAGGUUUAAAAACUAUGUCUGAUAGUGUUAGUCAGUAUUUAAGAGAAUUAGGAAAAUCACUUGUACAAGAACAAGAUAUUAAUACUAAUGCAGUCCACUAUAUACAGAGUUUGCUGGAUUUGAAAGAUAGAUUUAAUUUAUUUUUAGUACAUUCUUUUAACAAUGAUCAAAUGUUUAAAGAAAGGAUUGUAACUGAUUUUAAAUAUUUUUUCAAUAUCAAUUCUAAAUCACCAGAAUAUCUAUCAUUGUUUAUUGAUGAAAUGUUGAAAAAGAACGUGCAUUGGUUAACUGAAAGUGAUGUAGAAUCAGUUUUGGACAAAGUUAUGGUUAUUUUCCGCUUUAUUGAAGGAAAAUAUGUAUUUGAAAGGCAUUAUAAAAGACAUUUAGCCAAGAGAUUACUUUCAAAUAAAUCCUUCAGCAAUGACAAUGAAAAUAAUAUGAUCUCAAAACUCAAGGCUGAGUGUGGCAGUCAAUUUACUACAAAACUGAAAGGUAUGUUGAAAGAUAUGUCCAUAUCUAAUACUAUCAUGGAAGAAUUUAAAGAAUACACUGCUAAGUCUAAUAGUCAUUUACAUGGUGUGGAUCUUACUGUGAGUGUUUUAACCUCAGAUUUUUGGCCUAUAUGUGCAUUAUCAAAGUGCAAUGUACCAUUAGUUCCUAGGAGUGCUUUYRAAGAAUACCAACUAUUUUAUAUGAGGAAAUAUGAGCGACGAUUACUAACAUUGCAACCACAACUUGGGUCAGCUGAUUUGGAAGCUGUAUUCUAUGGUUCAAAACUAUCAGACAAUGACUUAUCGACAAGUGUAUCUUCUUCAGCUAAUUCCCCCAAACCAUCUACUGUGCAAAAAUACAUAAUUCAAGUGUCGACAUAUCAGAUGUGUAUUCUUUUAUUGUUCAAUACUCAUGAAAAAUUAUCUUUUGAAGACAUACGAAGAGAAACUGAUAUUCCUGAUAAAGAUUUAAUUAUAGCAUUACAAUCUUUAGCAUUGGGAAAGCCCUCACAGCGUAUUCUUUUGAAGACUCCUAAAUGUAAAGAAAUAGAAUUAAAUCAUGAAUUCUGUGUUAAUGAGUUAUUUAUUUCAAAAUUGCAUAGAGUGAAAAUCCAUACAGCUGAAGCUAAAGGUGAAACUGAAUCAGAAAGAAAAGAAACUAGAAACAAGACAGAUGAGUACCGUAAGCAUGAAAUUGAAGCUGCUAUUGUACGCGUUAUGAAAUCUCGAAAAAAAAUUAAUCAUAAUGCCCUUGUAGUGGAAGUUGUAGAACAACUCAGAGUCAAAUUCAUACCUCCUCCGGCUAUUAUCAAAAAAAUAAUUGAAGGACUGAUUGAAAGAGAUUACCUUGCAAGAUCAGAUGAAAAUUGGCAAACUUAUCUCUAUGUUGCAUAA